AUGGACAUCCUGGAUCACUCUGAGGACGAGGAAGAGCGGAGCUACUACGGCAGCGGCAGCAGGUUCGGCUGCAGGUGGCAGAAGCCGAGGUCCAAGAGCCACCACCAGCUGCUGCUCAUGGACAGCGUCGGCAACGGCAACGGCAACGGUAACGGCGGCGUGGAGGGGGACGGCGCGUCGGAGGAGCAGGAGAUCGUGCCGCUGCCGGAGUACGAGCGGCUGUCCCAGUCGGCGCGCCUCCCGCAGGACCCCGACCCCAAGAACCCGCUGCUGCCGGAGUACCGGGUCGCGUCCCCGCCCCCGCCGCCGCCGCCGAUGCCGCGGCCGCAGAAGAAGCCGGCGGCGUGGAGGCUGAUCGAGUACGUGCGGUCCAGGAACAAGUCCGGCGUGCCCGGCGGGUGCGGCUCGUCGGACGGCGACUCCAGGAGCUCCGACGGCGAGAAGGAAGGGGAGGAGGGCGCCGGCGAGGAGGGCAAGAAGGAGGAGAAGGGUAAGAAGCGGUCGUCGUGGCUGCCGGACCGCGAGCGCCGGUGGCCGGUGCAGGGGUUCUACUAGCUAGGGUGGCCGGGUCUCCGUCCGCGUGUCGUUCGACUUGUCGUCGUCGUUGUCUUUUUUC